GCGUUCCUCGGCCUUCUCAAUAUUGCUCUCGGCUUCCUAUUUGCUAAUGUUUCCUCCAAUAUACUUACUCUGGCUCUGAGCAUUUUCGGCGCAGUCGGUGGUCCUAUACUCUGCAUUUUUACGCUUGGCAUGUUCUUUCCCUUCAUUAAUUCUAAGGGUGGUUCCGUAGGCCUUAUAGUCUCAUUGGUUGUUGGUCUUCUCUUUGGUCUUAUGCCAAACGUUAUCCCUGCCAUAAAUGUGCCAUCAGACUUGUCCUUCUCUUUGGAUGAUUGCUCUCCAAAUAAUAAGACCGUGACUCCGUCAUAUGUGAACGGCUCUUGCGUCGAAACUAUUACCACCAUCAGCACCACAGUCACCCCAGCUGCUCCCGAUUUGAACCCUUAUCUUAAAGCAUUCCGAAUCUCCUACUUAUACUACUCUCAUAUAUGUGGGAUUAUUGGGUUUAUCGUAGCCCUCCUGGUCAGUGCAAUUACAGUUUCCUUUUCACUUUUCUAG